CUCCUCCUCUUCACAGCUUCCACAUGCGGAGAUGCCGCGAGAUGGAUGCGCUCAUGUCUGCUGCCUGCACAGUCCACUCCAGCACCAGCUCCGCACGGCACGGCAGCUCAGCCCAGCUCGGCCGACCGGCCAAUCGCCCAUGGACAGGGCCAGCCGCAUCGGCCAUGUCACUGGGCCCCACUUGCCUAAUUUUCUCCGACGGCCCGAUGGGCCAACGGCCCACGCCGCUCGUUCUUUCCUUCCCUUUUUCUUUUUUUUUGGUUGCCCUUUUCGUUCUUGUGUACUAGUGUUUGCUUGGCGCCGCGGCGAGAUGGAUGCGGCGGGGCGGCCAUUGCCGGUGGCGAGGAUGGUAGGUCCAGGGAGGCCGGCCUCGCGCACGCGUGGGUUGCCCCGCCAAGGCGCCGACCGAGGGGAGGCGUCAGACGUGUGGAUGACUGGCCGCCCGCCCGCCCACGCAUCUCAACUGCCUUCCGACGCUUUCUCUUCCCUGCGCGCGUCUUGGUCAGAGACAGGCAGAUGCAAGUGCGCGUGCUCAAGUCAACAUUUCCUUCUACUUCUACCAUUGGCCGACUCCCUCCUUGUGCCAUCCGGCCAUCCUCAAUGGAACUCAAUGGAAGUUUCAUGACACAGUUUCCAAUACAUAAA